AUGCCAGGGAUGGUCAGUAAAAAUUCCGAUCUCGAAUUCGACUCUUUGCAGCCCUGCUUCUAUCCCGACGAAGAUGAUUUUUAUUUAUGUGGUCCCGACUCUGCUCCUCCCGGGGAGGAUAUCUGGAAAAAGUUUGAGCUCCUGCCUACGCCUCCUCUGUCUCCCAGCCCGGCAGGUCUGCAGGAGAAUCCCCCAGGAGGAGCCCCUGUGACAUGGGGAGGAACAGCUCUAGCUGGAUACCGAACCAGCGACCCUCUGGACUGGGCAUCCGAGUUGCUGCUGCUGCCCCCCGAAGCUGACCUUUGGGGCAGUGGCGAUGGAGGGGAUGCCUUUGAGAUGGGUUUGGGCGAAAGCAGCAACCUCAAUGCCAUCAUUAUUCAGGACUGUAUGUGGAGCGGCUUUGGGACCAGUGAUAAGCUGGAAAGGGCAGUCCCCGGGAAGCCACAGACUAAAGGAGGAACAGCUGGAGCGCCUGCCCCAGCUGGCUCUGCCAUCCCCUCAGCUGCCCUCCCCUCCAAAACCAGCCCUGGAAACAAUAGCGGCAGCCAAGCAGAGCUCAACAAUUCCGUCUCGGAGUGUGUGGAUCCAGCCGUGGUUUUUCCUUUCCCCAUUAAGAAGCGAGAGCUCCCAGCCCCAGUUUCCUCGGGAGGAGGAGGAGGAGGAGUGGCAGGGGCCCGGGCAAGCAUGAACUGCAGUGGUGGCCUUGCUCAAGGGGUGGCCAUCCCUGCACCCCGAAACAGCCACCACCCAAGUAUAACAAGUGACAGCCGGGCCAACAACAGUUCGGGAGACGAUACACUCAGUGAUUCUGAUGAAGACGAGGAAGAAGAGGAUGAUGAGGAAGAAAUUGACGUGGUCACCGUAGAAAAGAGGCGCUCAUCCUCCUACAAAGCUAUCACCACCCUGACUAUUGCAAUGCGUCCCAAGAACGGCACUCCCUUUGCCUCUGUGAGAACUCAGCCCAAUGAAGUCAUCUUAAAGCGCUGUGCCCCAAUCCACCAGCAGCACAACUACGCUGCGCCUUCCCCUUACAUCGAGAGGGAGGAUGUGCCUCCACCCAAAAAGCUAAAGAACGAAACAGCGCCUCGUCCAGCAAAGCCAGUGACCCAACCAAAGCCCAAGAGCUCCAGCCCUCGCAAUUCAGAUUCAGAAGACAGCGAGCGCCGUCGCAACCACAACAUUUUGGAACGGCAGCGGCGUAACGAUCUGAGGUCGAGUUUUCUGACAUUAAGGGACCACGUGCCCGAACUGGUGAAAAAUGAGAAGGCUGCCAAAGUGGUCAUCUUGAAAAAAGCCACUGAGUAUGUCCAUUCCCUGCAGGCUGAGGAGCACAAGUUGUUGUUGGAAAAGGAAAAACUCCAAAUCAGGCAACAGCAGUUGAUAAAAAAAUUAGAACAUAUGCAGACUUGCUAA